UCACUGUCGGGAUCGGUGUCGUUCUUGAGCCGGUUCUCUAGGCGCUGUCUGCCUCGGUCUCCGGCUCGUCUUCAGCCCUCUGUCCUCCGGGAUCCGGGACGGCGCCCCUCUCCGGCUCCGAGGGGUUCGUUGAUGGAGUCCUGUUUUGGCUUUGAGUCGCUGCCUCUUGUUUCUGAGAUUUGAGCGUCCGGCAGGGCGAGCAGGGAGAGCCACCAGUUAGGUCAGCUACUUAAGGGAACAAAUUUCUGUCUCUGGGAGUGCUCUACUCGCUUGAACAGUUUCUAGGGCAUUGUGAGCGCUCAGUACGUGUCUGCGAAAUGAAUGUUAGGGACUGCGUGCCAAAGUUCUCGAAGGAGCCCUCUCCUUUGGAGAGGCUGGCUGAAGGCGAAGAGGUGAUGGAAGACUGGGAAGAACUUGGAACUUGGAACUUGAGCUACUUGAUGUACAGUGAUGGCGUGCCCAGUGAUGGAAACUGGCUCACUUUUUACCUCAGGAAUUAAGAGACAUGUGAAAGACAAAAGAAUUUCAAAGACUGCUAAGUUGAAUGUUUCUCUGGCUUCAAAAAUAAAAACAAAAAUUCUAAAUAAUUCUUCUAUUUUCAAAAUAUCUUUAAAGCACAACAACAGGGCAUUAGCUCAGGCUCUUAGUAGAGAAAAAGAGAAUUCUCGAAGAAUUACAACUGAAAAGAUGCUCUUGCAAAAAGAAGUAGAGAAACUGAAUUUUGAGAACACAUUUCUUCGCCUAAAGCUGAAUAACUUGAAUAAGAAGCUUAUAGACAUAGAAGCUCUCAUGAACAAUAACUUGAUAACUGCAAUUGAAAUGAGCAGUCUUUCUGAGUUCCAUCAGAGUUCCUUUCUACUGUCAGCUAGCAAGAAGAAACGAAUUAGUAAACAGUGCAUGUUGAUGCGUCUUCCAUUUGCAAGGGUUCCAUUACCUUCAAAUGAUGAUGAAGAUGAUGAUAAAGAGAAAAUGCAGUGUGACAACAAUGUUAAAUCAAAGACAUUACCUGAUAUUCCCUCUUCAGGAUCAACAACACAACCUUUAUCAACUCAGGAUAAUUUGGAAGUGUUAUUUCUUAAAGAAAAUAAUCAAAAUGUAUAUGGUUUAGAUGAUUCAGAACAUAUUUCUUCUAUAGUUGAUGUACCUCCCAGAGAAAGCCAUUCCCACUCAGACCAAAGUUCUAAGAGUUCUCUAACGAGUGAGAUGAGAAACGCCCAAUCUAUUGGCCACAGAUGGGAGAAACCAUCUCCUAGUAAUGUGACUGAAAGGAAGAAGCGUGGGUCAUCUUGGGAAUCAAAUAAUCUUUCUGCAGACACUCCCUGUGCAACAGUUUUAGAUCAACAACACAUUUCAAGUCCAGAAUUAAAUUGCAAUGAUGAGAUAAAUGGUCAUACUAAUGAAACAAAUACUGAAAUGCAAAGAAAUAAACAGGAUCUUCCUGGCUUAUCUUCUGAGUCUGCCAGAGAAUCUAAUGCAGAGUGCAUGAAUCAAGUUGAGGAUAAUGAUGACUUUGAAUUGCAGAAAACUGUGUAUGAUGCUGACAUGGAUUUAACUGCUAGUGAAGUCAGCAAAAUUGUCACAGUUUCAACAGGCAUUAAAAAGAAAAGUAAUAAAAAAACAAAUGAACAUGGAAUGAAAACUUUCAGAAAAGUGAAAGAUUCAAGCUCUCAAAAAAAGAGAGAAAGAUCAAAGAGACAGUUUAAAAAUAGUUUAGAUGUGGAUAUCGGGGAAAAGAUUGAAAACAGGCCAGAAAGAUCUGAUGUCCUGGAUGGCAAAAGGGAUGCUGAAGAUCCUGGUUUUAUUUUCAAUAAUGAACAGCUGGCUCAGGUGAAUGAACUGAAGAAAAUGACCCUUCAAACUGGCUUUGAACAAGGUGACAGAGAAAACAUACAGUGUAACAAAAAGAAGAAAAGAAUAACAAAUGAGCAAGAGGAAACAUACUCUUUAUCCCAAAGUUCAGAUAAAUUUCACCAGGAGAGUAAACUUGAUAAGGGUCAGAAUUCCCUAACUUGUAAUAAAAGUAAAGCUUCUAGACAGACAUUUGUGAUUCACAAAUUAGAAAAAGAUAACUUACUCCCAAACCAAAAGGAUAAAGUAACCAUUUAUGAAAACCUAGAUGUCACAAAUGAAUUUCAAACAGUCAGUCUUUCCACCAAAGAUAAUGGAAAUUUAUGUGAUUAUGGGACCCACAAUAUAUUGGAUUCGAAAACAUAUGUCACUGAUAUUCAACCUUCUGAGCAAAAUGAAUCAAACAUUAAUAAGCUUAGAAAGAAAGUAAACCGGAAGACAGAAAUAAUUUCUGGAAUGAACCACAUGUAUGAGGAUAAUGAUAAAGAUGUGGUGCGUGGUCUAAAAAAAGAUAAUUUUUUUUUUGAAACCCAAGAGGAUAAAGAACCUAUCUCUGAAAACAUAGACGUUUCCAAAGAGCUUCAAAUCCCAGCUCUUUCUACCGGAGAUAAUGAAAAUCGAUGUGACUAUAGGACCCAGAAUGUGUUGGGUUUGCAAAAGCAGAUCACCAAUAUGUACCCUGUUCAGCAAAAUGAAUCAAAAGUUAAUAAGAAGCUUCGGCAGAAAGUAAAUCGGAAGACAGAAAUAAUUUCUGAAGUGAAUCAUUUAGAUAAUGACAAAAGUAUAGAAUACACAGUUAAAAGUCACUCACUCUUUUUAACUCAAAAAUAUAAGGAAAUCAUCCCUGGAAACCUAGAAGACCCAAGUGAGUUUGAAACACCUACUGUUUCUACCAAAGAUAGUGGAAACCUGUAUGAUUCUGAGAUUCAAAAUGUUUUGGGGGUGAAACAUAUCCAUGAUAGGCAACCUGCUUGUCAAAAUGAUUCAAAAAUAGGUAAGAAGCUUCGACUAAAUGUAUCUCAAAAGUCGGAAAUAAUUCCUGAAUCCAAUCAAAUAUAUGAGAAUGAUGACAAAGGUGUACAUGACCUAGAAAAAGAUAACUUCUUUUCUCUAACCCCAAAGGAUAAAGAAACAAUUUCUGAAAAUCUACAAGUCACAAAUGAAUUUCAAACAGUUGAUCUUCCCAUCAAAGAUAAUGGAAAUUUAUGUGAUUAUGACACCCAGAGUAUAUUGAAUUUGAAAAAGUAUGUUACUGAUAGGAAAUCUGCUGAGCAAAAUGAAUCAAAAAUAAAUAAGAAGCUCAGGAAUAAAGUGAAUUGGAACACAGAAAUAAUUUCUGAAAUGAACCAGAUAUAUGAGGAUAAUGAUAAAGAUGUACAUGUCCAAGAAAGCUAUACAAAAGAUCUUGAUUUUAAAGUAAAUAAACAAAAACCUGAAUGCCAAGACAUUAUCAAUGAACACUAUAUGGAAAUCAACAGUAAUGAAAAGGAAAGUUGUGAUCAAAUUUCAGAUUCCUACAAAGUAGUUAAAAAGUGUAAGAAAGAAUCAUCAUGCAAGGCAAAGAACAUUUUGACAAAAGGUAAGAACAAACUUGCUUCACAGUUAACAGAAUCUUCACAGACAUCUGUCUCCUUAGAAUCUGAUUUAAAACAUAUUACUAGUGAAGCAGAUUCUGAUCCAGGAAACCCGGUUGAACUAUGUAAGACUCAGAAGCAAAGCACUACCACUUUGAAUAAAAAAGGAGAUACCCCUUUUGUGGAAGAAAUAAAAGAAGGAGAAUGUCAGGUUAAAAAGGUAAUUAAAAUGACAUCUAAGUCAAAGAAAAGGAAGACCUCCAUAGAUCCUUCUCCAGAGAGCCAUGAAGUAAUGGAAAGAAUACUUGACAGCAUUCAGGGAAAGUCUACUGCAUCUGAACGAGCUGAUAAGGAAAACAAUUUGGAGAAUGAGAAAAUGAUCAAAAAUAAGCCAGACUUUUACACAAAGGCAUUUAAAUCUUUGUCUGAGAUAUAUUCACCCAACAUACAAGAUUCUUCCUUUCACAGUGUUCGUGAAGGUUUAGUACCUUUGAGCAUUUCUUCUAGUAAAAAUGUGAUAAUAAAAGAAAAUUUUUCCUUGGAGUGCUCACCAGCCUUUCAAGUAAGUGAUGAUGAGCAUGAGAAAAUGAACGAGAUGAAAUUUAAAGUCAACCGGAGAACCCAAAAGUCAGGAAUAGGCGAUAGACCAUUACAGGACUUGACAAAUACCAGUUUUGUUUCAAAUAACACUGCUGAAUCUGAUAAUAAGUCAGAAGAUCUAUCUUCAGAACGGACAAGCAGAAGAAGAAGGUGUACUCCUUUCCAUUUUAAAGAGCCAAGCCUCAGAGACAAGAUGAGAAGAUGAAGUGAAUGUAUGGAUUCUGGUUUUUCUGAAUUUUCAAAGCAUAAGGAAUCAAAACAGAAAUAUAACUAGUAUCAAGAAGAUGAAGUGCUUGAUGAAAAGUUUUUUUUUUUGGCCUUUCACAGAGUGUUGAUUUGUCCAUUCUUAAUAUUUAUUAAUAGGUAUAUGUGCAUAAAAUAGCUAUUUUGUAACAUUAAGCUUUUUAAGUCAUUUUGGUCAUCAUAUAACAUCUUCCUGUUUAUUUAAGCUUCUUUUUACCUAGUAGCCUUUAACCAAACAAUAGCUAUUAACGUUUUAACCAAAUAAAAUGUGUUAAAUACCUUUGCAUUGGU